CAAUACCGCGCUGGAAGAGUACUGCUCACCUUCAGCAGAAGUGCAGAGCGCUGACUAGGAUUGAACACCUCCCCUGACCAUGGGCGCUUGUGUUGAGUCAACGCAGUUCGCCAGCCCUGAGCUGGGCUCCGCGCAGCUGUUGGUUGCCACGGACGCUGCCUGCGCGUACCCACCUCCGCCGGGUCACAGCCCUGACUCACCCUUGAGCGGCCGUGGCUUCACUGCCCUUGCCUCAUCGCUCCGGAAGGCUGACGACGCGUCGGACUCGGACUCGGACGACGACGAACAUCAGGACUGGCGCGAGCUCUAUGGCUCGCACCGCCUGCAUCUCGGGGUGGAGGCGUCGGUGCACGACCCGCGCGACGAGGGCACCACGGAUGCGUGGGUCAAGCGCAACCCGUCGCUCAUUCGGCUCACGGGGAAGCACCCGUUCAACGGCGAGCCGCCGCUGACGCGGCUCGUGCAGCACGGCUUCAUCACCCCGGCGCCGCUGCACUACGUGCGCAACCACGGGCCGGUGCCGCGGGGGGACUGGGCGACGUGGACGGUAGAGGUGACGGGCCUCGUCAGACGCCCCGCGCGGCUCACCAUGGAGGAGCUCGUCCGCGGCUUCCCCGCCGUGGAGGUCCCCGUCACGCUCGUCUGCUCGAGCAACCGGCGCAAGGAGCAGAACAUGGUGCGGCAGACGGUUGGCUUCAACUGGGGCCCCGCCGCCAUGUCCACGUCCGUGUGGCGCGGCGCGCGCCUCCGCGACGUGCUGCGCCGGUGCGGCAUCAUGCCCCGCAAGGGCGGCGCGCUCAACGUGUGCUUCGAGGGCGCCGACGACCUCCCUGCCGGCGGCAGGGGCUCCACGUACGGCACCAGCAUCAGGCGCGAGUGGGCCCUGGACCCGACGAAGGACGUCAUGCUCGCGUACAUGCAGAACGGCGAGCCGCUUCUGCCGGACCACGGCUUCCCGGUGCGCGUCAUCGUCCCCGGGUGCACAGCCGGCCGCAUGGUCAAGUGGCUCCGGCGCAUCAUCGUCACCACCGCUGAGUCUGACAACUACUACCAUUACCGGGACAACCGCUUCCUGCCGUCCCACGUCGACGCCGAGCUCGCCGACGCAGAAGCGUGGUGGUACAAGCCGGAGUACGUCAUCAACGAGAUGAACACAAACUCGGUGAUCACGACGCCGGCGCACGACGACAUCCUGCCCAUCAACGCCAUCACCACGCAGCGCGCCUACACAAUGAAGGGAUUCGCCUACUCGGGUGGUGGCAAGAAAGUGACGCGAGUGGAGGUGACGCUGAACGGCGGUCAGACAUGGCUCCUCUGUGCGCUCGACUACACGGAGAAGCCCAACAAGUACGGCAAGUAUUGGUGCUGGUGCUUCUGGUCCGUCGAGGUCGAGGUCGCCGACCUCCUCGGCUCCAAGGAGAUCUCUGUCCGCGCCUGGGACCAAUCGCUCAACACCCAGCCCGAGAACCUCACCUGGAACCUCAUGGGGAUGAUGACGAACUGCUGGUUCAAGGUGAAGGUGAACGUGUGCCGGCCACACAAGGGGGAAAUCGGGCUGGUAUUCGAGCACCCGGUGCAGCCGGGCAACCAGUCGGGCGGGUGGAUGGCGCGGCAGAAGAACCUUGAGGUGGCGGAGGCCACUGCCGCGCCGGGGAUCCAUCGGAGCACGUUCGCGACCAGUUUCACGACGAACACCACCACCACUGCCAAGGAGUUCACCAUGUCCGAGGUGCGCAAGCAUGCGUCGCAGGACUCGGCGUGGAUCGUCGUCCACGGCCAUGUUUAUGACUGCACCAGGUAUCUGAAGGACCACCCGGGCGGCGCCGACAGCAUCCUCAUCAACGCCGGCACCGAAUGCACCGAGGAGUUCGACGCCAUCCAUUCCAACAAUGCCAAGGCGCUCCUCGACAACUACCGCAUCGGCAAGCUCGUCACCACUGGCACCGGCUACAUCUCCUCCGACACUUCCGUCCACAGCGCGUCCAGCCUCACCCACCUCUGCCCCAUCCGCGAGGCUGUCAGGGCCCCGGCGCCCGUCGCGCUCUCCAACCCGCAGGAGAAGGUCCCCUGCCGCCUCGUCGAUAAGAAGGAGCUGUCCCGCGACGUCCGCCUGUACCGCUUUGCGCUGCCGUUGUCCGACCACCAGGUGCUCGGCCUCCCAGUCGGCAAGCACAUCUUCGUGUGCGCCAACAUUAACGGGAAGCUGUGCAUGCGGGCGUACACGCCGACGAGCAUGGUAGACGAGGUCGGCCACUUCGAGCUACUCGUGAAGGUGUACUUCAAGAACGACCACCCCAAGUUCCCCAACGGAGGGCUCAUGACCCAGUACCUGGAGUCGCUUCCGAUCGGCUCCUACGUCGAUGUCAAGGGGCCUCGCGGCCACGUCGAGUACACCGGCCGCGGCAACUUCAUGAUCAACGGCAAGCCGCGCCAGGCGAGGCGCCUCGCGAUGAUCGCGGGAGGGAGCGGGAUCACGCCAAUAUACCAAGUGAUCCAGGCAGUGCUGCGCAACCAGACGGAGGACCAGACGUUGAUGCACCUCGUGUACGCCAACAGGACGGAGGACGACAUCCUCCUGCGCGACGAGCUCGACCUGUGGGCAACCGAGUUCCCUGACAGGCUCAAGGUGUGGUACGUGAUCAGCCAGGUGAAGCGGCCGGAGGAAGGGUGGAAGUACAGCGUCGGGUUCGUGUCGGAGGCCAUCCUGCGGGAGCACAUGCCGGAGGGUGGUGACGACACGCUGGCCCUAGCCUGCGGGCCGCCGCCGAUGAUCCAGUUCGCCAUCUCGCCGAACCUUGAGAAGAUGAAAUACGACAUGUUCAAUUCUGUAAUCGUCUUUUAACUUCCUUAUAUAUAGCAUCCUAAUGUCGUGCGUUCCAUCUGGUAAAUGGCUUUGCAUCUAUUAAAUCCCAA